AUGGAAAAGAUUACGGAUAAGAUCAAUGCGCUGCCCGAUGGCGCCAAUUACUUCUCGCUUGAGUUCUUCCCGCCGAAGACGUCCAUGGGCUUCGCGAACCUCCAGUCGAGAUUAGAGCGCAUGUCGCAGGCGCUGCGCCCGCUCUUCGUAAACGUAACUUGGGGCGCUGGCGGAUCGACGGCAACCAAAUCGCUCGAGCUCGCAGAGAUAUGCCAGCGUCAGCUGGGCCUUACAACAUGUCUACACCUGACGUGCACAAAUAUGAGCCGCAAGCUCGUGGACGAGGCACUCGAUCAGGCAAGAGUACUAGGCAUACGGAACAUUCUGGCGUUGCGUGGCGAUGCGCCACGGAGCGAGGAGUACCGAGAGGAGGGACAGCUCCCAGAGGAUGAUUCGAAUAAAGACUUCACGUGGGCAGUGGAUCUGGUUCGAUAUAUUCGCCAGCAGUAUGGGGACUACUUCUGCAUAGGUGUCGCGACCUAUCCCGAGGGGCACUCCGAUCAGAGCCACCCGGAGGCGCAGGAUCCGAAAUAUGACCUCCCGUACCUGGUAGAGAAGACGCAAGCUGGUGCGGAUUUCCUCAUGACACAGCUCUUUUUUGAUGUGGAGGCGUAUAACAAGUUCGAGACCAUGUUGAGAGAACACGAGAGCGGCGCAUUCAAGACGAUACCUAUCAUCCCUGGCCUGUUGCCUAUACAAUCGUACCAGAUACUCAACCGCGUCUCGAAGCUCUCGCAUGCGAAGAUUCCGGCAGACAUUGUAGCUCGUCUGGACGCUGUGAGAGGUGACGACGAGCUGGUCAAGCAGGUGGGCGUCAAGAUCUUGAGCGAGAUUGUGGAGCACAUGAAAGGACGGCCUAGCCCUACAAGAAGAGGUUUUCACUUCUACACCCUCAAUUUGGAAAAGGCGGUAUCACACAUCCUGGAAAACUGCAACCUGAUACCGCAACCAUUGCUCGAAGAUGAUGACGACGCCAUCGAGCUCACCCCUAGCGCCGACUUCCAACCCCCUGAAGGCGCACUGCGCAACAAGGAACGAAGACGUCUUUCUUCCGUUAACUCUGGCCCGCGAAACCGCGUCAUAAUAUCCAAUCCGUCACAAAGCAAGUCCAGUAACGCCUCUUACGAAGCCCCCGAAGACGAAGCCGGCGUUCCCAAGGGCCCGGUCAACACCCGUGCCAACACGCUCGCCAUCUCCGAGGGCGAAGGAUCCCUCGGCCGCGAAGCAACCUGGGAUGACUUUCCCAACGGCCGCUGGGGCGACGCGCGAUCUCCUGCCUUCGGUGAGAUCGACGGCUACGGACCGACGCUGCACGUGUCUACGCCUCAAGCCCUGAAACUUUGGGGCCAUCCCGUCGACAGAGACGACAUCUCGAAACUCUUCCGCAGGCACAUCGAAGGCGAUCUCGAAGCCAUCCCCUGGAGCGAGCAAGGCCUCAGUCCCGAAACCAGCACCAUCGCCAAGGAGUUGCUAGGCUUGAACGCGAAGGGCUGGUGGACAGUCGCCUCCCAGCCCGCCGUUAACGGUGUCAAAUCCACUGACCCCGUCUUUGGCUGGGGUCCCAAAAACGGCCUCGUCUUCCAGAAGCCCUUCGUCGAGUUCUUCCUCCCCUCGGCCGACUGGGUGGCACUCCAACCGCGUCUGAAGGCGCAUGACCAGAUCACGUACUUUGCGGGCAAUGCAGCGGGCGACUUCGAGGCUAGCAGUGAGGAGGCGGUUAACCCCGUGACGUGGGGCAGUUUCACGGGUAAGGAGAUUGUCACGCCGACGAUUAUCGAGGCGGUCAGUUUCAGAAGCUGGUGCGAAGAGGCGUGGAGUAUCUGGCGCGAGUGGCAGAGGAUAUAUACGCCGCGGACGGAGACUAGCAGAUUACUAGGGGAGCUGAGGAGGGAUUUGUGGUUGGUAAAUAUCAUCUGGGGAGAUUACGUUGACGGAGACGGGUUGUGGAAAUUUUUGAUGGAGGAGAGAUGA